AUGAUGUCUGAGGAUACGUGUGGGGUGCUGGGGAGGCCAAAAGUACAGUUGGAGACCAAGCAACCCACCAUUCUUGCACUCUCACUAGCCACUUUCGCCCAACACAUCAAAGAUGCCCUUGAUGCAGUCUUCCAACACAUCAAAGAUGCCAUUGAUGCAAGAAAUAUGCUGUUUUCGUCGAUUUCAAAUCAGCAUAUGACUUAG